GCGCUCUUAAACCGGAGGAUUUUACGCGCGGCACUCAGUCGUUAACAGGCAGCCCAGACAUCGGCGCUCCUGCGUCUUGUCGCUGCUUCAUCUCCUCCUUAAAUAAAAAGCUGAGCCAGAAAGGGAAAAAGAAGUGAGCGUACUGGGGUGGGGAAGAGAUAGAGAGGGAGGGAGGAAACAGCGGGGGAGACGAGAGUAAGAGAAAGCGAAGAAUGAUGAAAGGGGGGAGGAGAGCGGAUCAUUCCGGCUGGCCGCCCCUGCUGCUCUAGUGGAGGGAAGAGCGAGGGAGAGAGGCGAGGAGGGGGAGAGAUGGCACAACGCCUCAGCAUCCAAAAGACACGGAGUGGUGCGCCACCGAGAGCGUAGCCCCGGACUCACCCGAAGCAGCAGCAGAAGCAACGCACUCGCCGCGCCGCCGUCUCGCCUCUCGCCGUGCGGCAGCGCCUCGGACUCGGUCAGAGAAAUUAAUCAUCGCUCGCUCCGUCUGUGCGUGCGAUUCUUCCGUGAGGAUUGGAAGGAGAGCGCCCCAACUGCAUAUCCUCAAUCAAGACCUUCGCUCUCUGACAUCCGGAGCAGCUCCUUUUCUCACCUGCCAUGGUGACAUGACACACCUCUGAGUGGCUUUUUUGCGCGUGUCUCACACACAUAGACAAUCUCUAGGGUUCCUCAAAACCCCCAAACUCCUUCACGCACUCUUUAAACUCCAGCAAACUAAAAAAAAAUAGACUUCUCCCUCUUCGCGAUGACAGUGGCUGUGCGGUUCCGUCGCCACUUGCGUAGGCUCCUGCUCUUACUGGCCUCCUGCUGUCUCCUCUCCCUCCUCCUCUCUGCCUAUUUCCUCUUUACGAACUCCUCCCCUUCCAUGCAACUUGGACAAUCUGCCGAGCCUGCCUGCUCCCAGCCGCUCUCCAUGUCCCCGUACCGACAGCUCCCGUACCCGUACCCUCCGAACCCACCGCACACACACGUCCACACUGACCCGGUGGUGCUGGUGCUGGUGGAGUCCCAGUACUCCCAGCUGGGUCAGGACAUUGUGGCUAUAUUGGAGUCAGCACAUUUCCAGUUCCGCAUGGAGAUAGCCUCAGGAAAGGGCGACCUGCCGCCGCUGACAGAAAAAGGCCGCGGACGAUAUUCGCUCAUCAUUUACGAGAACCUGUUAAAGUAUGCACAUGCAGACACAUGGAACAGACAGCUGUUGCAUCAGUAUUGUACUGAGUACAGAGUUGGCAUCAUCGGCUUCUACCGCUCCACUGAGAACUCCCCAUCUGUCCUCAAACUGCGAGGCCUACCGCUGGUGCUCAGGACCAACCAAGCGCUUUGGGACUGCUGUGUGGUGUCCAGCUCGCCUCUCCUCCACCUGACCAAACCCGGCACAGAUCGAGGGGCCUUACCUGGGGAGGACUGGACCUCAUUCUCCUCUAAUCACUCCACAUACCAGGCUGUGCUGCAUGCACGGGCUAAGGAGGGAGCAGGGGCAGGCAGCGGAGAUAAUCCAGGGCCUGGCUUCAGUCAAGGCCACCAGGCCACAGUGGUGCAGGACAUGGGACUCUAUGAUGGGGUGAGGCGAGUCCUCUUUGGCCAGGGACUGGGCUACUGGCUCCACAGACUCAUCCUGGUGGACGCCAUUUCCUACCUCUCGGACAGGAAGCUUACUUUGGGGCUGGACCGGCACAUACUGGUGGAUAUAGAUGACAUAUUUGUGGGAAAAGAAGGGACACGCAUGAAUGCCAAGGAUGUGAAGGCUCUCCUUGAUACUCAGAGACAGCUGCGUUCUCAAAUCUCCAAUUUUACCUUCAAUCUGGGCUUCUCUGGGAAGUUCUACCACACAGGCACGAUGGAGGAGGAUGAGGGAGACGAUCUGCUACUGAAAUAUGUAGAUGAGUUCUGGUGGUUCCCCCACAUGUGGAGCCACAUGCAGCCGCACCUCUUCCACAACGAGUCCUCACUGCUGGAGCAGAUGGUCCUCAACAAGGAGUUCGCUCUGGAGCACAACAUCCCAGUAGACAUGGGUUACGCCGUGGCCCCUCACCACUCCGGUGUCUACCCGGUCCACCUGCAGCUGUACGAGGCCUGGAGACGGGUGUGGAGUAUCCGAGUCACCAGCACUGAGGAGUACCCCCACCUCAAACCGGCCCGCUACCGUAAGGGCUUCAUCCACAACAACAUAAUGGUGCUGCCUCGUCAGACGUGUGGCUUGUUUACUCACACCAUCUACUAUAAGGAAUACCCCGGCGGACCUAAGGAACUGGACAAAAGCAUCCGUGGGGGAGAGCUGUUUCUCACUGUGCUGCUCAAUCCAAUAAGUAUAUUCAUGACUCACCUGUCUAAUUACGGCAACGAUCGACUGGGUCUUUACACAUUUGUUCACCUGGCCUCCUUCCUUCGCUCGUGGACAAACCUGAAACUCCACACGCUCCCACCCCUCCAGCUCGCACACAAAUACUUUCAGCUUUUUCCUGAACAAAGGAACCCACUCUGGCAGAACCCAUGUGAUGACAAACGACAUAAAGACAUCUGGUCUAAAGAGAAAACCUGUGACAGGUUGCCCAAGUUCAUGGUCAUAGGGCCACAAAAAACAGGAACGACAGCACUUUAUCUCUUCCUGCUCAUGCAUCCCUCCAUCUCCAGUAACUUCCCCAGUCCAAAGACUUAUGAGGAGGUCCAGUUCUUCAACACCAACAACUACCACAAAGGAAUUGACUGGUACAUGGAGUUUUUCCCCGUGCCCUCCAAUGUUAGCACGGACUUCCUGUUUGAGAAGAGCGCAAACUAUUUCCCCUCAGAGGAGUCCCCACGGCGAGCUGCUGCCCUGCUGCCCAAGGCCAAGAUCAUCACCCUGCUCAUCAACCCCUCUGACAGGGCCUACAGCUGGUAUCAGCAUCAAAGAGCUCAUGAGGACCAUGCAGCCCUGCGGUUCACCUUUUAUGAUGUCAUCAGUGCGAGACAGGGAGCGCCGGCUGAGCUUCGCUCCCUGCAGAGUCGCUGUCUCAUCCCUGGGCUGUACGCUACACACCUAGAGAGGUGGCUCACAUACUACCCCACUAACCAGGUGAUGAUCAUAGAUGGCCACCAACUGAGAGCUGACCCAGCAGCAGUGAUGGAUGAGGUGCAGAAGUUCCUGGGAGUCACUCCUCACUUCAACUACUCUCAGGCCCUUACUUUUGAUCCUCAGAAAGGUUUUUGGUGCCAGCUCCUCGAAGGAGGAAAGACAAAGUGUUUGGGGAAAAGCAAGGGAAGAAAAUACCCUCCUAUGGAACCAGAGGCACGAGCAUAUCUCUCCAGGUACUACAGGGAACACAAUGUGGAGCUGUCGAAGCUGCUGCAUCGCCUCGGACAGCCUCUUCCUUCUUGGCUAAGAGAGGAGCUGCAGAAGGUUAGAUAACCUUUGCAUCCAUGAGCCAGGGUUAAAGGUCAAGGGGUCAGAGACCAGGAAGCGACCAGGAGCACCUGACGUUCAGAUGCACUGUCUGUGGCCUUUUUAGUGCACCCUGAGGUGAAGGCAAGGACGGGGUGCCUCGUUUCACCUAGGAGCUGUGAUGCUGCUGAAGGGAGCAGAAGAUGUCAUGAAAGCGCAAAGAAGCAUUUGCGAACUGAAACAGAACUCAAGGAUGGAUGGAUGGAUGGAUGGAUGGAUGGAUGGAUGGAUGGAUGGAUGGAUGACUGUUUCAGGUGACUAAGACAGCUCUGAAGAAAGUGGGACUAAAAGGAAGAACCACAUUACAACAAGGAAGAGAACUGUGGGAGACAGUGACAAUUUGGCAAGUCUUUUACACCCAAACCCUGUUGUAAACUGUGGUGAACUCUCGUGCAGACCUGCAGUGACUUUGAUGGUUGUUCAUCUUUGUUUUAUUUCACUUUUAAAUUAAGUUGCCAGAGCAGCGCUGGUCAGCUGUAUGCGGUUCCCAUAGAGGUCACUUUGCACUAAGUUCUGUUCCAUGUAUCUCUUUUUUUUGUUAUACUGAGAGAGGAAAUGCAAGGAGACUAAGUGCAUAGACUCAGGGUGAGUGACAGGCUGUUACUUUGCAUUCUAAGUUCUAUUUGUUAUCUGAAUGAACUGUUUUAAGUGAAGCUAGUUUCUGGUAGAUCUCGUAGCCGUGUUCACCCUUAGAGAUGUCACUGGAGGCUUUCACUGGAAAGUUUGAGCUGGAAAUGAGUCACCGAAGCAAAAAGCAUUGCGUGCUCAUUAUUCUCUUGUGACGAGUCAUGCAGGGGAACGCUGUGUCCAUUUAGCAGAGAAAGAGCUGAUGAUUUCAGCUCUAAGGACGGCGGAGAUACGAGUUUGUGGGAAGAAGACUGACCAAAAUCGGCCUAGUGGAUGUGACACUUCAUUUCAAGACUCUUUAAGUAGCUGCUGUAACUGCAGGCAUUUUUUUUUUAUUUUGACAGUGUCUCAUUUAAGUCUCAACCUCGUUUAUUUUCCCUUUUUAAAACCAGUGGCCUAUGUUGUUUAGAUUCAGUUUCAAUGCAAAAAACCCUAAAUGUCAAACACAAAAACCAAAAUUAAAGAAACGAAUAUGACUGACAA